GCUAGCUAUCGAUCUAUCAGACCGCGACCGACGACGCAGACGACGAAAGGAAGGCAGCACGCACAGCAGGAGGAUCCAUCCAUCGACUCCAUGGGAGCCUGGUUCUCUUCCCCUCGGCAGAUGCUGCUGUGGAUUGGAUGGCGCGGCGUAUGAUCCCAAGGGUUUUACCUCCAUUUGAUCUCCCCCCUCUUGAUGCGCGUCACCCUUGCACACCAGAAGAGUUCGACAACUUUCACACUUGCCGUCUCGGUCUCGCCCUCCAUGCCCUCAAACAUUACAACUCCAAGCACCCGGAUGCCGAGUUCUGGUCUCCUGACCAGCCCAAGGUUGCCAGCACUGGUUUCAGGGACGAUAUCUGGUACCACCUCAACUUCUUUGCCCGCCGCAAGGAAGACGAUGACGAUGAGGAGAGGUUCUUUGCUGAGCUACGUUUCAUCCAGUGUCCACGCAGACUCAUCAUCAAAUCAUGCACUAUCCUAAGUAGGUUCUACUAUCGCUCACGCAGUCACGCUACGCAACUUGGUCCAUUCCUAGCUUAUUCUCUGCCCCUUGUGUCUCUCACUACAGAAGAGCCGUUGUGCCGCUUCAAAAGCAGCUGUGCGCUUUGUCCGGAUGAAUCCAAGAUUUUGCACCCAAACCACGUACAACUUGGGUGUGGGAAGAAGGAGCAUGAAGAGGAACUCUACCAUGAGAAGCAUCGAUGGGACUGGGACCCACGUAGAAAGGAUUACUUCAGGAGGGAGAUGCUUGAGGAGCCCUUCCAGUUAGACAGAUGUCCUAACUUCGGUCGGGAAAAGAGAGGGCCACGAAGAGGAACUCUAACGUGAGAGGUGUAAAUAUAGCUGGGAUAGCCGUAUGCAGACUGAAUUGUUAGGAGAUGCCCUCGUUUAGGAAGAGAUAUAUACGCUCCUUGCUAGGAGGAGACUUCCUUGACGUAGUCUGAAUCGAUCGAGUGUUUGACAAAAAAAACUACCACAUUUGGGGUUCGCGUCCCACAGGAUUACCACUUUAAAAAAUGUGACUGGUAACUAACAAAAAAUGGGAAUCU